UGUCCCUCGGACACAGCGGAUAACAGAUCAACGGAAAGAGCCGAAGAUGUCAGCUCGGUCAUGUGAUCAGCUGUGUCAAAUCACAGCUGAUCACAUGUAAACAGGGAAAUGCCGGUUAUCAGUGUGACAGCUCUGUGCCCUGAUGAUCUGUGUAGCCCCAGCAGUGCCACCUGUCAGUGUCCAUCAGUGCCAGCUGUCAGUGCUCAUCCAUGCUACCUGCCAGUGCCCAUCAGUGCCACAUUCCAGUGACUACCAGUGCACAUCAAUACCACAUAUCAGUGCCCAUCUGAGCUGCCUUUCAGUGUCACCCAUCAGUGCCACCUAUCAAUGCCAGUCAGUGCUGCCAAUCAGUGCCGCCUAUCAG